UCCGUAUUUGUUUUUUUUUCGUUCUGGAAAAUAAAAAAGAAUGGGGGAAAAAGAAAAGAAAGAGAAAAUACAGUGUUUUCAGUUUAUCACUUACUUUCUCCGGUUCUCCCUCCCUCUCUUCACAUAAAAUUUAAAAUUGGAGCAACAAAUAAUUAAAUUAGGGUUUCUUGCCUCGCUUUACUAUGGCAUCUCACAACCAUCUUGAAGAUGAUGAUGAUUUUGGUGGUGAUUUUCCUGGAAGCCAUAACACCAGGCGUUCAGGUAGUAAAAGAAGCUUUGGAGAGCUUGAGGAUGAUGAAGAUGAUAUUUUUAGCUCGAAGAAGGGAAACACUAAGGUAGAAGAAACUGCAAUGAUUUUAUCUCUUCGUGAGAGUCUCGACAACUGUAAAAAUGCUCUCUCGACGUGCCAAACGGAGCUUGAAGCUGCAAAAUCUGAAAUUCAGAAGUGGCGUUCAGCAUUUGAGAAUGAGUCCUUCAUACCUGCUGGGGCAUCUCCUGAACCUAAAUUCGUUAUCAAUUAUCUUCAGACCCUGAAAUCUUCUGAGGAGUCCUUGCGAGAACAGCUAGAAAAAGCAAAGAAAAAAGAAGCUGCCUUCAUUGUAACAUUUGCUAAAAGGGAGCAAGAGAUAGCAGAGUUAAAGUCUGCAGUUCGGGAUUUGAAAGCACAGCUCAAGCCACCAUCAAUGCAGGCAAGGAGAUUACUGUUGGAUCCAGCAAUUCACGAGGAAUUUACACGUUUAAAGAAUUUGGUUGAGGAGAAAGACAAAAAGGUGAAGGAACUGCAGGAUAAUAUUGCUGCCGUCAAUUUUACUCCGCAGAGCAAGAUGGGAAAGAUGCUGAUGGCAAAAUGUAGAACCUUGCAAGAGGAAAAUGAGGAGAUUGGAAAUCAAGCAGCUGAAGGAAAGAUGCAUGAAUUAGCGAUGAAACUUGCUUUGCAGAAAUCUCAAAACACAGAACUCAGGAGCCAAUUUGAAGGACUUUACAAACAUAUGGAGGGCCUGACAAAUGACGUGGAGAAAUCAAAUGAAAUGGUACUUAUCUUACAAGAGAAGCUAGAAGAGAAGGAUCGUGAGCUUAACAAGUUGAAGCUUGAGAUCCAGCAGAAAAGCCCUGUGGAGGGGAACACCGAUUCAGCUCCUAAUAAUACAGUUAACGAUGAAAUCGCGAUAACAAAACAGGAAACUGAUAUCGACUAAUUUAAAACAAUUUUGUAGAAUGCCAUUGUUUUUUUUAUCCCUGAUCAUGUUGUUUGUACGCUGUACAUUAAACGUUCAUGUUAUUAUUUUUCAACAUUUUAGUAAUCCUGUGGAACUGCUAAUGGCGGUUCCAAGGUAGGGCACAGCUCAAACGUUAUUUUGAAAGUAAAGGCUUAGUGAAUGCCAGGCCCAGGAGGACGCGUAUAAGUAUGAGGUGGGAAUAUAACCCUGCCAUAUAUUAAUUUAUGAACAAUUUUUUAAUUUAAAA